AUGAAAAAAUGUUGGGAUUCGGACCCCCUUAAACGACCAACAAUUGAAGAAAUAAAGGAAAAUCUAGAUCCCGAAGAACUUCGAGAGGCACAGAAAAAACGUGAAGAAAUGAUAAAAUCUGGAAUUCAAUUUGUAGAAAAACCUGGACUCAAACAUCCAAAGUCCUUUUCUUAUAGUAGAAAAUUGGAUUCUGUUAUUGAAAGUUCAAAGAUCACCCUAUAUAAUUCAUCAGAAUAUAAUUUCAGUAAUGCUUCGGAGAAUUCUCUGACAAAACAUGAAGCAGAAGAAAAUGAUGAUUGCCAAGAGACCAUAGAUG